AAGCUGACAAGCGCAGGCCGGGGGUACGGCACCGCGGAUCCCGGGGGAUCGCGUCGGGGCGUGCAGGACCAUGUGACCCGCUGCCGCCCGAAGGUGCGACGUGUGCGCAUUCGCCGUUCGCGGUCGUCGUCCGCACUCGGGGCCCGUCGUUUCUGCCGUCUGCUGGUUUUAAAUAAGGAGGAAAUCUGAGCAAGAAUUACAGCUCUUGGCCAUGGUGACACUUGUCCAAACUCUAACUGAUCACAUUGAUGAUGUUAACUGCUGUGCCUUUUCUUCCACUUAUCUGGCUUCCUGUUCACUGGACAAAACAAUUCGUCUUUAUUUAUUGAAGGAUUUCUCAGAGCUUCCUUUCUCACCACUAAAAGGCCAUAGCUAUGGGGUACAUUCUUGUUGCUUUAGUUCCUGUGGGAAUUUUCUAGCUUCGAGUUCAACUGAUGGAACGACUGUGUUAUGGAAUCCACAGUCUGGAGAGAAGUUGGCAGUAUUAAGGCAGCCGAGUGAAAGUCCAGUACGGGUUUGCAGAUUCUCCCCUGACACCAAUUAUUUGGUAUCUGGUGCAGCUGAUGGAACUGUGGCAUUAUGGGAUGUUCGCUGGAAGAAACUACGCAGGACAAGCACUGUUGAGGAUGGAUCAGUAAUUGCUUGUGACUUUUCUCCUGGUGGCAACUAUUUCAUUACGGGCUCAACCUCUGGAGAACUGACUGUUUGGGAUUGUCAGAUGAAGUGCCUUCUUAAUGUGAAGACAGCUCAUGAUUUGGGAGUUACUUGCUGUGAGUUUUCGCCUCAGCCAAUCAAAGGUGGCACAGAUGGUUCUACAUCACAGGGCUUUCUGAUGGCUUCUUGUGGUCAGGACAACAAAAUAAUUUUUUGGAUGCUAUCGUAUGCAGGUUGUGAACUUAAAAUGAAAUACUCAUUAAACCAUCAUACGGCUCCUGUUCUUUCAUGUUGUUUUUCACCUGAUGGACAUUUAUUGGUAUCUGGGUCUGUUGACAAGUCUAUUAUAAUUUGGAAUUCUAUUAAUGGGGUCCCUCUUCACAUACUGACACAACAUAAACGGUAUGUGACAGCUUGUGCAUUUGCACAUGAUCUUCCCUUGAUUGCUACUGGUUCUAUGGACAAAACAGUGAAUGUUUGGAGAAUUGGAUUAAGAAAAUCAUCUGAUGAUCAUUCAUCAACAAAAAUUAGACAUUCUGUUCAGCACUGGUCAGAAGAUGACGUCUGUUCUUGGCUGUCAGCAGAGGAACUACACGAAUUAGUGGUUGUUUUCAAGUCUAACAAUAUUGAUGGCCAGGAACUGCUGAAUCUUACAGAAAAAAACCUUGUGUCUGAUUUAAACAUAGAAUCGCUUGGACUGCGUAAUAAAGCAAUGCGAAAAAUUGAAGAACUAAAAUCAAAGAUGGAAUCUACUUGUGUUGGUGUACCAGAUGAAUUUCUCUGUCCAAUAUCUAGAGAGGUUAUGACCGAUCCAGUGAUUGCUGCAGAUGGCUAUUCGUAUGAGAGAGAAGCCAUUGAAAACUGGAUUAAUACUAAAAAGCGUACAAGUCCUAUGACAAAUAUCCCUUUGGAGUCUACAUUAAUAACGCCCAACAGGACACUUAAAAUGGCCAUUGAUCGCUGGAUAGAUGCCCAACCAGUCCUACAAACGACAGUGCAACAAAAAUAACAACAUUGGUAACACUGCAUUCUUAUAUCCUUACUUUAUGAACUAAUGAAUAAUGGAAAUAAUCUUGUAUAGAAAAAUUGUUUCAUUUCUUUUGUAAUUAAAACUGAUUAAAUGUUAACAUGUGUCAAUAAUGAAUAAUUUAAUAAAGGGGUUAAAAUUC